AUGUCAUCAGCCAUAGUAUCUCGCAAAGAAGUCGACCUCACGCAGGACAACGAUCCUGCACAAGACAGUGACGCCAGUGUCAUAUACGUUAGAACACGCCGAAUGCGACCGGCAGGUGUGAGUAAUCUGGUUGCCAAGUUGUGCAGUGUUAAUCCGAUCAAGAUUCAGGUUGCCGUUGCGGAAGUUCCAGACAGGCGAGGCCGCACCCACGACGUGAAGGUGUAUGCUUAUCCAGUUGAAGUUGGACGGAAGGUUGUCUUGUACUAUCGGUACGGUGUGCUGCCACCGAAUUGUCGAGAUAUCAUCCAGCCACCGCUACCGGAUGACUACGCUCGCAACAACACGAACAGGUCUGGCUGGCAGUGGGUGAAGCCACUGCGGACAGCGCUCGGUGGUGGCGCUGGUAGGAGGCGCGGAACUGGCGGAAGCGGUCCGUUACGAGCGUCCGUUCGACAUGAGAUGAUUGUGCAGCAAUGGCAUAAGAAGCAUCCGAAUCGUGACUACAACAAGGCAGAUAGGUUGCCAGUAAUGUACACAGACACGUAG